AUGGAUGAGACUACGAGUAUUGAGAACGUGGAAUCAAAAGUAAUUAAUAAAAUUAAUGAAAAGUUUGGAAGUGAUGUGUUAAAAUUAAGCGAAAGUGAUGAUUUGCAAAAAAAUUUGGAAGAAGAAAAGAAAAACAUUGAAAAUUCAUUGAUUGUAGAUAACAAUGAUGUGCCAUCGAAAAUAUCUUCAGCAUUGCAACAUGUUCAAAAUACACUAGAUAAAAUAAAUAAAUUGUCUGAGAGACACAAUGAUUUAUGUAAAUCUGUUGAUACAUAUGAAAAAAAAGUAUGUAAAGUUAAAAGUAAGGCAGCAGAUUAUAUUGACAAAAUUACUGCUCUGGAAAAAGCCAGUGCUUAUUUAGAAGUAAUUAAAAAGGUUGAAGAACUAUCAAGUUCACUCGAAUCAGGAAUUAAUGAAAAGAAUGAAAAAAAACAAAUAACCAAUUACAUAGCGUUGAAUGACAUAUGUGAAUCAUUAGUUAAUUCAAAAUGCACUCAUUUGUUAUUAUAUGUUAAUGAAACUGUUCAUUACUGGCAUAACAUUUUAAAAGAUCAUUUUAAUGCUGAUUAUGAAGAAAUACUUAAAACUCUUAAAUGGCCUUUUAUUGGAAAUAUACUUAGAAGCACUCAUACUACAGAAACGCUUAAUCGUUUUCAAACAUUGACAGAAUAUUUAAUUCAAAUACAAUUGCCUAAAGAAAAACAACCUUUAAUUUUUCCAACAGAGUUUGAGCCUUUGAGUCUACCAAUGACACAAUUAAUAAAACCUUUGAAAAAAAGGUUUUCAUAUCACUUUAUGGGUUCUAAGCAAACUAACAGAGCUGAUAAACCCGAGUGGUAUUUUACACAAAUCUUGACAUGGAUUAGGGAUCACCAAGAUUUUGUUGAACAAAAUGUACAACCGGUUUAUAAUAAACUUAACAUUAAAAAAACUUCAGCUAGGAUUGAAUUUAUUAGAGGUUUGGUGCAUAUAGCUGUUGAAAAACUUCAUUUCGAGCUUCCACAAUUAAGUUAUAAUGAUUCUUUGUUUGCUCACUGCAUGGAUGAAGCAUUAGGAUUUGAUAAAGAAGUAAGAAAUGGCUAUGGUUAUCCUACUUCUGAGCCUGGAGUUAUAGAAAUAAUUACUCAGGCUCAAAUUUUUCUUAAGUGGAUCAACAUGGAAAAACGAUUGACAUUGGAAAAAAUGGACAUUUUUUUAACAUCCCCAUCUGCAUUUAACACUCUUGUAUCAGGGGAUAUUGAUGAAAAUAGAAUUACAGAAUGCGGUCACAGUUUUAUAAAUUUAUUAUCAACUCUGACUGAAAGAUAUGAAAUUCUACCUCAACCAGGACACAAGCUACAAUUUUUACAGUUACAAUUAGAUUUAAUCGAUGAUUUUAGAGUUCGUUUACUCCAAAAGCUAAAUGAAGAAAGUUCAGAUUUGUUAACAUCAAAAUUUCCAUUUAUUUUAAAUACUGUUAAUUAUGUAAGAGAUAUUUUGGAAGAAUGGGGUAGUACAACUCAUUUUUUACAUCUUCAAUUUUUCAAAAGUAAAUUAGAUGGCAAAAUUGAGUCUACAGGUUCGGUUUUUGAUGAAUGUUUAACUGUUUUGACUAAAAUGAAAAAUGAUUUGUUAGUUGAUUUGGUUGAUCAUGUCUUUAUGGAUAUAAAGGCUAAAAGUAUGCCUUACAGAAAGGAUAAAUGGCAUGCAAUGGAAUCGAUGAAAAAUUAUGUGAAACCGACAAUAACUCCUACUGCUUGUCCAAUGUUUGAAGUUUUAAUUUCUAAACUUCACCAAAUGCAAGAAUUUUUGGCUGCUUCUUUGUUCAACAAAUGUUGGCAAAUGUUGGCACAAAAAAUUGACCAAUAUUUAUAUGAAGAAAUUGUAUCGAUAUGUGUUUUUAAUGAAGGUGGAGCAUUACAAUUUCAUUAUGAUAUAACAAAAAAUUUAUUUCCUUUAUUUGGAUUCAUGUAUUUUGUUAACAAUGCCAAUAGGAUUGGCAUUAUCUCUCAUUCAAGCAAUUACAGAAAAAGAAGAAGAAUAUGCAGCAAGUGA